GGUCAGGAUUGUUAAGAAGAGCAAGGGCAGUCAAGGUCAAAGCGCCAGAAUUCAACAAGAGGACUCCCAUGCUGCUGAGGAUCUCCGAGAGUGCUUGUGCGGAGAAUCAGCGAAUGAGGAGGAGGCCGAGACUGCGUCCCUUCAACGCAGAGUGGAUGCUCUGCUCCGGCAACUGCAAAGCGACUCAACGCCAGAGGUUGCGGAG